AUGUGUGUUAAAGGAGUUAGAAACCCUGGGAAAGGAAUUAUACGGAGCCAAACUGAUCGCACAGAAAUGCCAGGUUCGAAAUUGUCGUCAUUUCAAGAGUGCAGUGAGUGGAUCGGACUGUCUCCUGUCCAUGGUGGAAGAGGGAAACCCUCAUCAUUAUUUUGUGGCAACACAGGAUCAGAAUGUGUCUGUGAAAGUAAAGAAAAGCCCUGGGAUCCCUCUCAUGUUCAUUAUUCAGAACACCAUAGUGCUAGACAAGCCUUCUCCCAGGACAGUGGCCUUUGUGAAGGCCGUGGAGUCAGGCCAGCUGGUCUCAGUGCACGAGAAAGAAAGCAUCAAGCAACUGAAGGAGGAGCAAGGCCUCGUGAGGAACCCUGAGCGGAGGAGGAGGAGGAGGAAAAAGAAGGUCCCCAGCCCCAAUCCACUCAGCUGCUUGAAGAAAAAGAAGAAAGCACCCGACGUACAGUCCCCUGCCUCAGAAAAGAAGAGGAAGAGGAAAAGAACCCGGAACAGAUCGACCCCGAAAGUGCCUUCUGAGCAGCAGGGAGUGGAAGCAUGAUGUGUGCCGGGCCUACUCUCUGCUGCUAAAACUGUGAAACUGUUUACAGCAAAGGACUAAGCUUAUUUUUGUAAAUGAAUUCUGACACAUACACUUUUGCUUCAAAUUAAAGAGUGACUAGGUCUCUUUA